AUGUCGUCGCGACCCCACCUGGCUGUGAUAGGGCAGGAGAGAGAAGACCCUUCCGAAGCGGUUCCGAGAAACAGAACAGAAAAAAAAAGCGCGGAACAGAUUUCCCGCGCGAAAAAAAAAAAAAAAAAUUCGAACGUCAAACGCCUGUCGACCGUACAACAGCAGCAGCGCCGCGCCGCGCCGCGCCGUGCACAGAGUAUAUACACGCGAGCGGGCAUCGCGGAGCGUCGGCUCACCUACAUUCGUUCGUUCACCCACACCGGAGCGGCGCGGCGCGGUUUUACGGCCGCGCGCGCACACGAGCGGCACGCGCUCCUCGCCUCCCCCCCCGCGGCCCCCCCACGUCAGCCCGCUCGGAUGAUUUCGCGAGCCCGUCACCCGUCACCG